ACAACCCCCAUACAAAAUCUGGCUAUUCGCAAUAGUACGGCGCACUGGCAACUUGCAGAAUGGCUUCCAUUUCUGAUGAGAGCGGCGUAGACCUCAUUCAACCAAUGAAAGAUAUCAAAGCACACCUGGAGGAGAAGAAAAAGGAAAAUGCCAACAAGCUGCAAGUAUUGAAAGUCAAAACAGAGGAGCUCCAGCGUGAGAAUAAAGAAAUCGAGAGCGUCCUGCGCGAGUUCGACGUACUUCCUUGGUCCGUGGAAGAGUCGUGCAGGAUGGACGGGGGAGCAGACGGCAUCAACUUAAUGGUAGAGAGUAUAAGCAAGCUCUUCCAACACGGGCCUGACGAUGUUUUACGCGACGGUUGUGAUUUGAUGAGGUCGCUGCAACACAUGGUCCGCAAUACCAUCGGUCAAUCGGUGGAGCAUAAGAAAGCCAUCCUAGAUGGGCUGUUGCAUUACUCCAAAAAAGAGCUCAAGGCCCACGAACCGCAGUCACCAGCUCGCACCAGUCUCCUCGCUACUAUCAACGCCCUCCUGGCCGUGAGAGACAAGUUCGACUACCCACCACUCAACAUGAACACAUCAAAGCCGUGCGAGGGCGCCAAAGAAACGCUGCAGCAGCUCAACAGCGUGACAUUUCUCGGCAAGACAUUCGUCGAGAAGCAUCGUGUGAACUUAAUUAUCCAGGCCGAGGAGGAGAACUCGCCCGAAAUGAACCCGGGGAUGUCGGAUCGCCAGAGGCAAGAGUACGAAGACAACAUUCAAGCACAGAUCAACCAGCCGCCAAUGAGGUCUGUACCUUCGGCACAAUGAGUGUGUUUCACUCUAAGCCGCAACAACACUGCAGCGUUCGGAGGAGAUGAGGCUGCCACUGCUCAGAGUUCGGCAAGGAGCCAUGGAGAUCAAUGAAACAAAUUAUCGUAGUUCUUACGCGCCCAUAGCCAUAGCUCUGCCCCAGUGACAAUACGAU